GAAAGGCUCUGUAGCUCUGCCCUUGAGCACAGUUGCAGCCACUGAGGGGAGAUGCCAUGUCCUGCACCUUCACAGCCCUGCUCCGUCUUGGACUGACUCUGAGCCUCUGGAUCCCAGUGCUGACAGGGUCCCUCCCUAAGCCUAUCCUCAGAGUACAGCCAGACUCUGUGGUCUCCAGGAGGACUAAGGUGACCUUCUUGUGUGAAGAGACAAUUGGAGCCAAUGAGUACCGCCUCUAUAAAGAUGGAAAGCUAUAUAAAACCGUAACAAAGAACAAACAGAAGCCAGAAAACAAGGCUGAAUUCUCAUUCUCAAAUGUAGACCUGAGUAAUGCAGGUCAAUAUCGAUGUUCCUACAGCACCCAGUAUAAAUCAUCAGGCUACAGUGACCUCCUGGAGCUGGUGGUGACAGGACACUACUGGACACCCAGCCUUUUAGCCCAAGCCAGCCCUGUGGUAACUUCAGGAGGGUAUGUCACCCUCCAGUGUGAGUCCUGGCACAACGAUCACAAGUUCAUUCUGACUGUAGAAGGACCACAGAAGCUCUCGUGGACACAAGACUCACAGUAUAAUUACUCUACAAGGAAGUACCACGCCCUGUUCUCUGUGGGCCCUGUGACCCCCAACCAGAGAUGGAUAUGCAGAUGUUACAGUUAUGACAGGAACAGACCAUAUGUGUGGUCACCUCCAAGUGAAUCCGUGGAGCUCCUGGUCUCAGGUAAUCUCCAAAAACCAACCAUCAAGGCUGAACCAGGAUCUGUGAUCACCUCCAAAAGAGCAAUGACCAUCUGGUGUCAGGGGAACCUGGAUGCAGAAGUAUAUUUUCUGCAUAAUGAGAAAAGCCAAAAAACACAGAGCACACAGACCCUACAGGAGCCUGGGAACAAGGGCAAGUUCUUCAUCCCUUCUGUGACACUACAACAUGCAGGGCAAUAUCGCUGUUAUUGUUACGGCUCAGCUGGUUGGUCACAGCCCAGUGACACCCUGGAGCUGGUGGUGACAGGAAUCUAUGAAUACUAUGAACCCAGGCUGUCAGUACUGCCCAGCCCUGUGGUGACAGCUGGAGGGAACAUGACACUCCACUGUGCCUCAGACUUUCCCUACGAUAAAUUCAUUCUCACCAAGGAAGAUAAGAAAUUCGGCAACUCACUGGACACAGAGCAUAUAUCUUCUAGUGGACAGUACCGAGCCCUGUUUAUUAUAGGACCCACAACCCCAACCCAUACAGGGGCAUUCAGAUGUUACGGUUACUACAAGAAUGCCCCACAGCUGUGGUCAGUACCUAGUGCUCUCCAACAAAUACUCAUCUCAGGGCUGUCCAAGAAGCCCUCUCUGCUGACUCACCAAGGCCAUAUCCUGGACCCUGGAAUGACCCUCACCCUGCAGUGUUUCUCUGACAUCAACUAUGACAGAUUUGCUCUGCACAAGGUGGGGGGAGCUGACAUCAUGCAGCACUCUAGCCAGCAGACUGACACUGGCUUCUCUGUGGCCAACUUCACACUGGGCUAUGUGAGUAGCUCCACUGGAGGCCAAUACAGAUGCUAUGGUGCACACAACCUCUCCUCUGAGUGGUCAGCCUCCAGUGAGCCCCUGGACAUCCUGAUCACAGGACAGCUCCCUCUCACUCCUUCCCUCUCAGUGCAGCCUAACCACACAGUGCACUCAGGAGAGACCGUGAGCCUGCUGUGUUGGUCAAUGGACUCUGUGGAUACUUUCAUUCUGUCCAAGGAGGGAUCAGCCCAGCAACCCCUGCGACUAAAAUCAAAGUCCCAUGAUCAGCAGUCCCAGGCAGAAUUCUCCAUGAGUGCUGUGACCUCCCAUCUCUCAGGCACCUACAGGUGCUAUGGAGCUCAAGACUCAUCUUUCUACCUCUUGUCAUCUGCCAGUGCCCCUGUGGAGCUCACAGUCUCAGGACCCAUCGAAACCUCUACCCCGCCACCCACAAUGUCCAUGCCACUAGGUGGACUGCAUAUGUACCUGAAGGCUCUCAUUGGAGUGUCUGUGGCCUUCAUCCUGUUCCUCUUCAUCUUCAUCUUCAUUCUUCUUCGACGAAGACAUCGGGGAAAAUUCAGGAAAGAUGGUGAGGAGGUCCAGAAAGAGAAAGACUUGCAACUUUCUUCAGGAGCUGAAGAGCCCAUAACCAGGAAAGGAGAACUCCAGAAGAGGCCCAACCCAGCUGCUGCCACCCAGGAAGAAAGCCUAUAUGCUUCAGUGGAGGACAUGCAAACUGAGGAUGGAGUGGAGCUGAACAGCUGGACACCACCUGAGGAAGAUCCCCAGGGAGAGACUUAUGCCCAGGUGAAACCCUCCAGGCUCAGGAAGGCAGGACAUGUCUCACCUUCUGUCAUGUCAAGGGAACAACUGAACACAGAAUAUGAACAAGCAGAAGAGGGCCAAGGAGCAAACAAUCAGGCUGCCGAAUCUGGGGAGUCCCAGGAUGUGACCUAUGCCCAGCUGUGCAGCAGGACACUCAGACAGGGGGCAGCUGCAUCUCCUCUCUCCCAGGCAGGGGAAGCCCCAGAGGAGCCCAGUGUAUAUGCUACUCUGGCGGCUGCUCGUCCAGAGGCUGUUCCCAAGGACAUGGAGCAAUGACCCCCUGCCUGCCAGGAUGCCUAGCAGAGACCUCCAAGGGACUCUGGGAACUUUUGGAAACGUGACUGCACUUUAAGUAACAUCAGAGUUUGGAAAUAAAGCUAGAGAUUUCUCAAUAAUCAAGUGAAAUGAGAAAUGAAAUGG